GAAAAACGGAUGGGAAAAAAUAACGCAGCUCUGGGUGAUGGUGAAGAUGGCGGAUGGGGAUAGUGGCAGUGAGCGUGGUGGAAGCAGCGGUGGCGGAGGAGGGGGUGGAGGCAGCGGAUUUCAGCAUUUCCAGAGGGAUCAAGAAACCCAGGAGCUGGCGUCCAAGCGCCUCGACAUCCAAAACAAACGCUUCUACCUGGACGUGAAGCAAAACUCCAAGGGCAGGUUCAUCAAGAUCGCAGAGGUCGGCGCUGGGGGCUCCAAAAGUCGGCUGACACUUUCCAUGUCAGUGGCGGCGGAGUUUCGGGACUACCUGGGGGAUUUUAUUGAGCACUACGCCCAGCUCGGGCCAAGCACCCCGGAGCAGAUCGCUCAGUCCUCGGGUGGCGAGGACGGCGGGCCUAGACGGGCCUUGAAGAGCGAGUUUCUAGUGAGGGAAAACCGCAAAUACUACCUCGAUUUGAAGGAGAACCAGCGGGGGAGGUUCCUCCGGAUCCGUCAGACCGUCAACCGUGGGCCUGGUGGGUUUGGGGGAGGAGGAGGAGGUGUGCCCGGUGGUGGCAUGCAAUCCGGGCAAACCAUUGCUCUUCCUGCGCAGGGUCUCAUCGAGUUCCGCGACGCCUUGGCCAAGCUUAUCGAUGACUACGGCGGGGACGACGAGGAGCUGGCCGGGGGUGGCUGCGCCGGGGGUUACGGGGAGCUUCCUGAGGGCACGUCGAUCACGGUGGACUCUAAGCGGUUCUUCUUCGACGUGGGCUCCAACAAGUACGGGGUGUUUCUGCGGGUGAGCGAGGUGAAACCCAGUUACAGAAACUCUAUCACGAUUCCCUUCAAAGCUUGGAGCAAGUUCGGGGGAGCUUUCUCUCGCUACGCCGAGGAGAUGAAGGAGAUCCAGGAGCGGCAUCGAGAUAAAACGUAUGAGCGGAGAGGAGGCGAGGAGUCGGAGGGGGACGACUUGGAUGACGACUGACCUGGCGGUCCGGUGUUCCCACAUCGCAGGAACCGUGCAAGAGAGAGGAACGAAUUCACAUGCAUAAAACGAACCUUAAUGCGCAAACUAUGGCGAAUAAAGAUGUUUGACUGAGAAACACUGUCAUGUAUAUGUAAGAGAAACCUGUUUAAAAAGCAGUAUAGAUGAUGUUUGGCUAAAUAUAUGGAUAUUACAGGCGGCUGUUCUAGGUCUAGACUAUUUGGAAGUUCUUCCCCUUACACAUGUCUUGCAAGAAAAGAAAAAGAAAAUGUUUUACCCAUUUAACUCAAAGACUGUUCAUAAAUGAUUCAACCAGGAAAUGUAGUGCUAGUGUAUCAAGCUACAAUGAUAUCUAUAAGUGUUUUUUUUUUUUUUGUUUUGUUUUUUUGGUGUUGUACCAUUAUGGAGAGCAAGCCAGCAUCCGAAUGACAUGGUGGGGAGUGUUUUCUGAAAAUGUGUGUAUAUGCAUAUGCAUAUAUAUAUAUAUAUAUAUAUAUAUAUAUAUAUAUAUAUAUAUAUAUAAAUCUUAGAUGCAUAAGAUCUAAGUCUUAUGCAUAUAUAUGCAUAAGACUUAGAUCAAACAUUUUAAAAGGUUGUUUAACUUUUAUACACAGAAUACAGUUCAAGCAAAAAUGUAAAUCCUAAACACAGUUGAAAUGGUGCUAUGAAACAGUACUCCACCCUGCUGAGUAUUGAGGUGGGGGUGAAUUGUAUUUUAUUUUUCUGCUGUUUCUUAUCAGGAUAGAGCAAAUCACUCUGAUUGGACGUAGGGAUGAAUGUAUGUACUAAAUUUCAAUAGAAUGUGUGCAUCGAAAUUGGAAAGUACACAAUUUACUUCUCUGUUUCUAAAUUUAUAAUUGAGAUUGAUUAGGCUCUUUAAAAGGGAAUAAUACCAGAUCGUAGACAUUUUGUUGAAUGUUAUGUCCACGUUAGACUGGUAGGUUAAUAUCAGUCCAUAUGACUGUCAAAUUAGAAGUUUUUGAAUUGAGCAUGUGGAGUGCUUUGAUGACUUAACUGGAAAGGAAAUCAAAUGUAGAACAAUACCCAACCGGGUUUAAAUAGAUGUAUUUUUUAAAAACAGUAUACAGAAAUAUAUAUACAGAAAUAUAUUUAUAUAUAGGCAUAGAAACAAUUAUAAAUGCUUCCUAAACAGGCUUAAACAUAAAACUCGGAUGCAAUUAUACAGGGGAAUAUUUCUUACUAGUUUUAAUACCUUUCCUAUAGACCUAAUGGUUGGAAGAGCGUAGGAAAAAUAACUAAAUUAUGAAGUAAACUAUACAAACUGGACUUGACAAUGAACUCUGUUUAGUUUGUAUUUAUUUUUCUCCCAUAUUUCUAAGUUACAUUUAGGUGUUACAUUUCUGACCUCCAAGAAGAAGUCUGCAUUCUGUCUACUCUUUUUCUAGAUCUCUCAAAUUGUGCGUGCCUGACGAAGUUUUAAACCUCCCUCUGUUAUUUUGUUCUUGUUGCUGUGAGUUGGUGUUAUACAUUUUUAAAUCGACAAGAGAAAAAGGAGUGAUAUUCCAUAAUUUGCAAAUAGGAGCAUUUGGCAUAAUCCUGGUAAAAUGUUUGUCAUUUAUUAACAAUAAAGCCUUUCCUGGCCUUUUUUAUUUUGAUUUUCAGGCCUUCUUAGCUACAAGAAUUAGCCAUACACGCCACCUGGGAGCCAUAGCGAUUUUUUACUAAUUUUAAAUUAAUAUCCAUAUGAGUUUUGACCUCAUUCUUGUCUGUACUGUGUAAUGUGAUAAAGGCAGCUGUUCAGUCAAGUGUGUUCUGCUGUAAUUCUCCACAAAUUCCUUUGAAAAAAUAAAUAGAAUUUCUUUGCUGAGAA